AUGGGCCCUCACCCGCCAUCGCCCAUGGCUCCACCUAGUUAUCCCAAUCAAUUUGAUGAACCGGUGCCGAUCCUCAAGAUUCGAGCUCAUAUAAAGAGGAAAGUAAGCAAGGAGUUUGGGGACUGGCUGGUGGAGAGUCGAAUAGUGAGUCGGAAUCUGGGUCAACUCGAGAUUGGGCAAGCCUCAGCUGCUAAGCAAAGAGAGGAGGAGCUCAAGAUCAAGCAGAGGCAAGCCGAGGAGCAGAGUCGUCUCAGUCUUCGGGACUGCGUUUACGCGCUUGAGGAAGAAGAUGAUGAAGGGCUAGACGGAUUCAGCGAGAAUAACAGGGAAGGCUAUGCUAACGGCGGGGCAGGGGCUUUGGGAUUUGAUUUGAUGCCCUUGUACCAAGCCCAUCAUAUUCACCAGACUCUUAGGCUGGAGGAUCGUUUCAGGCAGUAUUAUUUUGAAAACCGAAAGCUUCAAUUAACUUCGGAUUUUCAGGUAUCUUCAAUGACCCCUUAA